AUGAGCGAUACAGCCGCCUCGUUCGACGAAACCGCUCGCCUCUGGAAGUCUCGCUUUGGCGGACACUACAGUACAUGUGGAUGUAUUUCCAUUCAACAAAAAUCGAGCUCUUCACUCAAAUUUUGGAAGAAGUCGCCCUCGUCGUCGGGGGCAAAGCCUGAAACUCACCCCACGGAGCACAACUCGAUAGUAGCCGUGAAUCCAAAGAAAGGUGUCUCCGAGAAUCGGCGCUCUAGAGCUGGUUCUGUCUCUGCUUUGAAACAUCGAAUUAGCUCUAGUGCCGAACAUGUACAAGCAUUUAUAGGAGACUAUGCCAAUGCGGACGGAAGACCCUUUUCAAGUGUGGGUUUGCGAGGCUGGGAUAUUGAUUGUAUUCGCCAGCCGUUUGUGGUUAAUUCGGAUGAUGAUAGAGGCGAUUGUUGUGUUGGUGUGCGAAUAUCGUGCUCUACCAUCUCUCACAUGUCCGCAACUGGGGAAGGAGCGGUCGGAACCCGAGCAGAUUAUGUGUUUCAGUCGGGGCGCACAAUGAACAAUCCCGAGGACGCUCCUUUCCACGUUGACCUUCCGGUUUUCCACUCUUCAUUCCCGCUGCCAUAUCGCGUUUUCCUUCUUGUCGGUCUCGGGAUAUUCUUUUGGGCAGCAAACCUGCAUGUGUUACAUGUUCUGGGUAUUGACACUAUCUGGGUUCUGGAUCUUCGACGCGACAAAGUCCAGUCCUCCAGUCCACCUACACCACUACCCACAGCACGCCAACCACAGCUUCCGUAUGAUCUCUCAUCGCUCGAGGCUGUUACUCUCUACAAGUCUGUUUAUAAACUUUUUAUGGUGUACGGCACAUGGGUAGGAUUUGGUUGGCUCUACUUUCGCCUUAUCACGGCUGGAGAUGGAGAGGCCAUGGACAUGUACAAAAUACUCCCAGCACUUACGGGUGCAGGAAUUGUCGUCGGGCUCCUAUGUCCCUUGGAUGUGUUGAUGAAGCGAGAACGCAUGAGAUUUCUGAGGUCCUUGUGGAGGUGUCUCUCUUCGCCUUCUUCUGAUCCAGUCUAUUUUUCAGAUGUUAUAUUGGCAGAUGUAUUUACUUCAUUUGCCAAAGUCAUUGCGGAUGUCUGGAUAUCCGUAUGUAUGAUACUUCCCAAGGGGACACUCCUGCGCGCAAAGACAGUGGGCGGCAUCUCCGAGUCAUUAGUACCAAUUAUGAUGGCCCUUCCUUACGCUAUCCGAUUUCGACAAUGUAUGAUGGAAUACAUAGGCUCCCAACGUAAAUCAGGGCGGGCACUCGCCAACGCGAUAAAAUACGCAACUGCGUUCCCCGUUAUUUUCUUGUCGCUCGCCCAGCGUACGUCGCCGACCGGCCCGCUGGAUGCCAAGCCCGAGGGAGAGAUAUCCAGUUCGGGCUACUUUGAUAAUAAGGUUUUCAAGCUGUGGUGA